UUUUCCUUCGAAAAACGAGUUUAAGUGUUUAAUCGUUUACAUUAACCCAUAAUUUCAUUUACCACCAAAUUAUGCGUCCAAUGGCAGAGCUAGGUUGUCAUUUCCGGUCUGAGACUUGUAAAGUAUAAGAAAAACAAAACAUCACCUCUGACAUACCAUUUUCAAAACGUUAGAGACCAGAAAUAAGUCAAUCACUGUGCUAAAAUGAUCAAAAAUCGUAACUUCUUCGGGUGAUGUAAGUGCAUAAAAAAAUUAGAGAACAGAAUUAGAUGAAUGAUGGAUUAAAAGCAAUUACAAUACAGGCGGCGAACGCGAGAAUUGUGUGCAACACAAAACUUAAGUGUUGCUGCUAAUUGUCAGAUAGAGAUCCACUGUUUAUCUUCGUUGUGUUAAUGAUAUGCUAAAUUGUAAUACGCCUGAAAGGAAAAUAUUCUCUUUGACAGCCCGGAGUCAAGUCAUUAUUUAUGCUCGCUUUUACGCAACACAAGCAGUUGGCCAGUUUUUGCGCACAGAAAGAUCAGCGUGGCAGAGGUUUUCCGUUAUCUAAAAAAAGUGAAAUGGCGAAGAGUACCAUUUUAUAUCUUCGCAUCGGAGAGGGAAAGAACCUACCGAGAAAAGACAUCUCUGGGAAGAGUGAUCCUUACUGCAUCGUCAAGAUUGACAAUGAAGUUGUAGCACGGACUGCUACAGUAUGGAGAGAUUUGGAGCCGUUUUGGGGCGAGGAAUAUACCAUGUUUCUACCAGUUGGUUUUACUAACCUAUCAGUCUAUGUUUACGAUGAGGACACGAUCGGACUCGAUGAUCUCAUUGGACGAGUGAUAUUUGACCGGGGGAGUUUGGCGCAGAGUCCUAAAGGGCUGGAUAAAUGGUUCCCUUUGUCUGCUGUUGACAUGUACAACUACACGGAUAUUCAAGGAGAGAUCAGGAUAGAAGCAACCCUCUACGAGAAGGGAGAUGUGAAAAAAGUUAGGGCAAAAGUUCUGGAAGUAAGAGACCUUCCUGAGACAGGCAGAACUAUUUUAGAACCCUCUGUGAAGCUUUCCCUCGGAGAGCCCAGUACAGGGACUUCUCAAAUGAGACUAUCGCUGAGGGAAACAGUCGACAAACUCACUGAGGGACAUAAAAAGUCGUGGAUUCCUACCAAACAGAAAUGGCUGGAGUUUGAAGUUAAAGAUCCGCUUCAGAAUCUCAAGAUGACAGCGGAGGUCAAAAUCGAAUCAGAGUUACUUUGCUGUUCCGGACAGGUCACAGUCUUCUUGACGAAGCUCAAACCCGGCCAAAGCAGGGACGCCUGGUACAAACUGGUCCCGAUGCCACACAUAAAAGAACAUAAGACGGAAAAUCUGGGCAGCAUCCGAAUGAAACUGCGUUUGACACAAGAACGCAUCCUUCCCCAGAAAUGUUAUCAGUCUCUGGUAGAGAUUCUUGUCAACUCCACAAAGGACCCGCAGAGCCUGGAUCCCACUGUGCUGAGCUUAAUUGAACAGCUGACCACUGCUGACCAAGCAAUACUGGCUCACCAGCUGGUUCGGCUGUUUAUUGGCCAGGACGUGGUCAUACCAUUUCUGGAUUAUCUGACACUUCGGGAGAUAAAGGACACAAGUAAUCCAAGAACUCUGUUUAGAGGCAACAGCCUGGCAGCGAAAUGCAUGGAACAAUUUAUGAAGAUUGUAGGCAUGCCAUACCUUUCAGACACAUUAAAGCCGGUCAUUGACAAAAUUUUUGAAGAACGUAAAUACUGCGAGCUGGACCCAAGUAAAAACGCCGAGCGCAAACAGAGCGCUCUCAGGCGUCUGAGUCUAAAGCCAGUUGAUGAACAGGACAGAAGCCUGGCAGUUCUGACUGGUUACUUAGAAACCGUCAUGACGUCAAUCUUGGGCUCAAUCAAGGAGUGUCCAAGCUACAUGCGUGCAGCCUUCAGAAAUCUCGCUCGACGAGUCUCCGAUCACUUUGGAGAUGAACCUGAAUACGAGGAUUCUAAAUACACAGCAGUGAGUGGUUUCCUGUUUCUCCGGUUCUUCGCGCCAGCAAUUCUCGGACCCAAGCUCUUCGGUUUGAGGGAAAACCAUGCAGACAAGAAUGUCUCCCGUACACUAACCAUCUUGGCAAAGACUGUGCAGAAGAUUGGCAACAUUGAGCUCCCUCUGCAUAACGGGAAGGAAGAGUGGAUGGGACCGCUGUACAAGUGGAUCGCAUUCUACACAGACGAAGUCAAGGACUUUCUGGACAGGCUUGCUGACGUGGAGGAUGAAGAUGUUCCAGGUUGUGACCACAGGAGGACGGUGUUCAGUAACUCUCUCAUUAUCAAGGAAGGUUCCGUUAAGAAGUGCCGCUACAGGGACACCAGGCUACCAAAACCAUACAAGUUUAAAAAGCGCUACUGUUGGCUGAGUACUGAGAAUUUCCUUUACGCCAAAACAAAUGAUUCACAGGUAAUUUUGGCGCGCUUUUGUAGACUAACAAGUAAAUAAAUCUCCCUUAUGCGGAGGCUUAUUCCCUGAUAUUCCCAACGCUGAAGUCUCACACAUAGUGAUUUUUUUAGGACUACAUAAAGUAAAUCGAAUCUGCUGAGGCUGUGUUUAAACCAGCACUAGCACAAAGAAGGGUUGCGUUCAGACACUGGGU